ACCGUUCAGUUGCAGUUAUUGCAAGUCUGUUAAUACAUUUUUAGUUUCUUGUACGGCAACUAAUACAUUUAUGUAGACUACUUUUUAACACUUAAUAGUUUGUGUUUGUGAUUUUCAUUUAGGAAUUACUGUGCUUUUACAAGUGUCAGUUGUAAGUGAAAUUGUGUUUGUGUUCCAUCUUAAAACUCAAAAACCUUAAAAUCAGCGGUGGUUUGUUGAAGAUUCAGCUCCAUUUUAAAAUAAAUACCUCAAAUAGAUUACGCAAGCUAGAAUGGAAGUUUUUGGUCUCAAGGGUCUAACGUUAUUCCUAACCUACGCUAUAAUGGCGGCGGUGUUGGGGAUGUUCCAGUUCGGGUACAAUACGGGGGUGAUCAAUGCACCCCAGGGCAACAUCGAAAACUUUAUGAAGAGUCUGUACAAGGAACGAUACAAGCAGGACUUGGCGAACGAAAAGGCCGAAAUGCUGUAUUCGAUAGCUGUGUCGAUAUUUGCCAUCGGCGGCAUGUUGGGAGGCUUCGGAGGCGGAAUGGUGGCAAACAAGUUUGGAAGGAAAGGAGGCUUGUUGCUGAACAACGUCUUGGGUAUAACCGGAGGGUGCCUAAUGUGGUGUACAAAAAUAGCGAAAUCCUACGAAAUGCUAUUUGUAGGAAGAUUUAUUAUAGGGGUCAAUUGUGGGCUGAAUACUUCCCUCGUACCAAUGUAUAUAUCGGAAAUAUCACCUUUAAAUCUUCGAGGCGGCCUUGGUACCGUUAACCAACUCGCUGUUACAAUCGGUCUUCUACUAUCGCAAGUCUUAGGUAUAGAACAAAUAUUAGGAACCAACGAAGGGUGGCCGCUUCUACUAGGUCUCGCUGUGGUACCAGCAGUGUUACAACUGGUCCUACUUCCUGUGUGUCCCGAAAGUCCCCGUUAUCUUCUUAUAACUAAACAAUGGGAAGAGGAGGCGCGAAAAGCAUUAAGAAGGUUGAGGGCUAGCAACGCAGUAGAGGAAGAUAUCGAAGAGAUGCGGGCGGAAGAAAGAGCCCAACAAUCAGAGGCGUCUAUCAGCAUGAUGGAAUUGAUAUUCUCCCCAACGCUGAGGGCUCCACUCAUUAUUGGUAUUGUCAUGCAGUUAAGUCAACAAUUUUCUGGUAUCAACGCGGUGUUUUAUUACUCUACUAGUUUAUUCGUUAGCUCCGGUCUACCAGAGGAAAGUGCCAAGUUCGCAACCAUCGGUAUUGGUUGCAUCAUGGUCGUUAUGACACUAAUAUCCAUACCACUCAUGGACAGAAUGGGAAGAAGAACGUUGCACCUGUACGGCUUAGGAGGAAUGUUCAUCUUCUCUAUAUUUAUUACCAUUUCAUUUUUGAUAAAGGAGUUUUUUGGCUAUGUGCAGGAAAUGAUCGAUUGGAUGUCGUACCUCUCAGUAGUAUCUACCCUCUUCUUCGUCAAAUUUUUCGCGGUUGGACCCGGAAGUAUACCUUGGAUGAUCACUGCCGAACUGUUCUCGCAAGGGCCUAGACCUGCCGCCAUGUCAAUUGCCGUGCUAGUUAACUGGACUUCAAAUUUCGUGGUGGGUCUUGGAUUUCCUUCAUUGAGGAACGCCCUAGAUAACUAUACCUUCCUGCCGUUCAGCGUCUUCCUAGCAAUUUUCUGGAUAUUUACGUAUAAGAAAGUUCCAGAGACGAAAAACAAAACAUUUGAAGAAAUAGCAGCCUUAUUUAGGGAAGGAAAUGGAAGGGUUAGUUUUCGAGACAGUCGACUGUAUGGUGCAACCAAUGAUGUUAUUAUGACUGAAACUUACGAAAAAACAGAGAAAUUAUAAAAUAUUCAGAAGAAAACCACCCUAAUACAGAUUAAGACAAUAUUAUUUUGUACACUUUUAUAAUAUUAAGUAUUUAUAUAAAAGGGAAAACUUAUUGCCAUAAUUUGUUGUAAUUUGUUGUAAUAAUGUUCUACAAUUAUAAUAUUUUACUUUAAAAAUUUGUUUAUUGUAAUCGUGAUUAUUUACUAAAGUGUGAAACGAAAAUAGAAUCUUCGGAUUUCAAUUUUGCUGUUAAAUUUUUAAAUUCGAAUUAGAAUAUCAAUAACUUUUUAAAUUUAAAAAUGAUAUGGAAUAGUUAAAUAAAUGAAUCAACUUUUGUAUUUUUUUCUUGUUGUUAUUAAUUAUCAUAAAAUUUUCUCAAUGUUACCCGUCAUUUUCUCAAUUAUCGUCCUAUUUUUUUCUGGUCAUAGAUCUAGGAUCCUCUGGUCAUAGUUCUAGGAUUUACCUUACAUAAUAUCUCAGGUUCUAUCAGAUUUCGGUAAAAAAAAUGUUUGUUAAUAAAAAAAAAUUAUCGGCAAGAUAAUAAAUAUUUUUAUUCAACUCUUUUACUUCAUCUCUUAUCUAUAAAACACAUACAUAUUUUCAGAUGUAUAUUUAAGUUAAAAAUAAAAAUAAGUUAAAAAUAACAUUAACUUUGCACAACGAUUUUGGGUUAGAAAUGUUUAAAAAAAAAAUUUAAUCUUUUUUUGGGUGCAUAUAAAAAAGUAAAAGUCCCUUAACAAUUAUAUUUUUACAAAAGUUAUAAACAAUUAACUAUUUGGCCUUCUUUUGUUGUUUUUGAAGCAACAAUUUAAUUGAAAAGAUUUUAAACUACUCCAUUUGAAGGUUUUUAUCUCCUAAUAGAAAAAAUAUUUAUAUUUAAGUACACGUUAAUAAAUAUAUUUUUUACGAAAAGUGAAAAUUAGCAAGCAACUCUGAAAUUUCUGCAGAAAGUUUUCUUACUAUAGGUAUACAUUAACAGAAGUAUUGUACCAUUACGUAGGCUUUAUUUUCAAUGAGGCAAUUUCAAGAGAAAUCUUUAGAAUACAACAAACCGGUAUACCUGUAUUUCGUGGAUCUUAAGAAGGCAUUUGACCAGGCAAAAUUAAAGGACGGUAUCAAAACGGAAAUAAUCAAAAAAAAAAGUAAGAACUAAAAAAGGAUAUUAAAUGGAAGAAAAACAACUUAAAAUAAUCUGCUAUAUAGACUACGUAAUAUUACUCUCUCAAAGUGAAAAUGAUUUAGAACGUAUGCUGCACCAAUUUAUUAUAACCGCCAGAAAAUUUAACCUGUUAAAUUUCAUAAAAAAAAUGCAUGAGUAUAACAGUAAAUUUACUAGGAUGUAAAUUGAAGCUGGUAGGUCAUAUAAGUGAUAAAGAUUAAAUAUCUAGGCAUCACAUUAUCUAACUACGUAAAGCUCAAAACUGAAGUGCAAGAUCAGGUGAAUAGAUCAAACAUAGCUGCAGGUUUUCUGAAUAAAACAAUAUGGAAAAAUAAAAAUAUCGGGAAAGAAAUGAAAGGGACAAUUCACCAAAACAGUCAUCAGAUCAAUAAUGACAUAAGCGGCAGAAACACGACCUGAUACAGAGAGGACAAAAAGGAUGUUUGAAACAGUAGAGAUGAAAACACUUAGAAAAAUUGAUUUUAGGACACUAUGGGACAAACUUUAAACUACCAGCUAGGAGAUUAUAUACGCGGAGAUCACGUCAAGACAUCUCAGAUCACAUCAUCAGAAACCAAAUUGAUUACAUUAUGGUGAAUAAAAGAUUUAGAAACUCAAUAAUAUCAGCCAAAACAUAUCCUGGUGCUGAUAUCGGGCCGAGCCAUAAUCUACUGGUAGUUAACAUCAGACUAAAGCUGAAGAAGAUAGAGAGUGCAAAAGCAAGAAAAUACGAUUAAGACCAUUAAAAAAUAAAGACACCAGGCACCAGAUAUAAACCUAUAUAGAAAAAGAAUUAAAAAAUACAGACAAAGCUAAUGAACCAGAUAACGAAAUGGCAAAACUACAACAAAUUAACCAGACAAUCCUAGAUAAAUAUCUUCGCCCAACAACAUUUAAAAAGAAAGAGUGGAUUACUGAUAAAAUCCUAAAUAUGAUGGAUAAUAGAAGAAGAGCUAAAAAUUGAGACAUGUGGGAAUAUAAACAAAUUAACAAAGAAAUAAAAAAAAACUAUUAGAGAAACCAAAAACAAAUGGUUUGAAGAUCAAUGCAGAGAAAUAGAAUCAUUGGAAAAUAGACACGUUUAAUCUCCACAAGAAGGUAAAAGAGGCGGCAGGAAUGAACAAACCCAAGAGAUCAGUACAUAUGAAUGAUAAUCAUGGCUACCUGGUAAUAGAUAUUGAACAAACAAAGAAUAUAUGGAAGAGAUACGUUGAAAAGACAGUCGAUACACAGACAGAUAUAACACCCAGACAACUAUGGAAUACGACACAAGACCAUCAAUCACUCAAGACGAAGUCAAAGGCGCAAUUAAAGCAAUUAAAGAAAGUAAAGCACCAGGGCCCGACAACUUUUAUUCAGAAUUUCUAAAAAUCCUUUUAGAGGAUUUUUAGAAAGGACGAAGGAGUAAAAUAGCUUACGACAACGUUCAACAAAAUCUAUGACUUGAGAAAAAUCUCAUAGAGCUGGUUAAAAUCUACAUUUAUUGCUAUACCUAAAAAACCUAAUGCAAAAAAAUGCGAAGAGCAUCGUAUUAUCAGUCUAAUGAGCCACAUUCUUAAGACCUUCUUAAAGAUAAUACACAGAAGAAUUUAUCAGAAAUGCGAGUCACACUUCUCACGAACGCAGUUUGGAUUCAGGGAUGCGUUAGGUACAAGAGAAGCCUGAAGACGAUCAAUAGGAAGGAUAUUUCCUAUUUUCUCCAAUACGAAAACGAUGGAAUGACAACUUAGUGAGGCACUGGCACAUUGAAAAACAGACAGAGUCAUGUCCACAUAAAAAGAAGAAGAAGACGAAGUAUGCGUUUAUGAUACGUAUAACGUACGCCAUACAGUAUUUCCUUAGACAAUUAAAGAGAGGGCACGCGUAAUCGUAUGGAAUUGACUGAAAUCUAAACUGGCUACAACCGGCACCCUGGCUUCACUUUUCGAAGGUUUAUUAAAUGAGCAUUACCUUUUCUCUCUCUUUCCUUGUCUAAGGUAUUUGCUAUAUAUUGUUCUUCUUCUUCUAAUGCCGCUACAACCCUUUGUCGGUCUUGACCUGCUUAACAAUGUACUUAGAUACUCAGCCACUGCCUGAUGUUCAUGGUUUUAAUAUCUUCCAGUUUUAUUUCCCAUAUCUUAUAUUCAAUUUUCCCUAUGUUCUUUUUUGAUCUAGUUGAGAAUAUUUUUAGGUUAUACUCAUAUCCCUUACCUACUGUUAUUUUUAUUUUGUUACGAUAUAUUGAGUGUGAUACGUAGAUGAUUUGAUUUCUACAGUUUUCCACUAAUUUUUAUUUGUUAUCAAUUUCGUAUUGAAACUUUUUGAUGGUUUUCUUUUUGAUAUAUUUUUAUUAAGAUCUUUAUUUUUGUUUAUUUAGAUACUAGCACUAUGUUAACUUCCAAUAAUAAAUUAUAAUACUCCUAAAAAUAUUAGAAAUAAAUUAAUUACAGAAAUACUGUCACAUGCUAGUUUACAAAGCUGUUUAUUCAGACAUUUUAUUUUACAAUCAAAAUACAAUAAAAUGUUAUUAUUGUUCUUUAUUUUAAACGUGGUAAAAAGUUUUCCUUUCUAUAUAUCAUUUACUUCAUUUUAUAAUUUUCAUAUAUUCCCUUUGCUUAUGCAAAACAAUUUAUUAUUUUUACAGACUUAUAGAGCUUAUUAUUUGAUUUGUUAAUAAAAA